AUGCUUACUUCUAAGGUGAUCGUGGUCAUUUUCGCUUUGAUUGGAAACUUGGCAAGAUGCUCGUGUUGGGAUCGAGCCACAAACGCAAGAUAUUUCGAUGGAGCAGUGUUUGUCCGUCACAAAAGUGCGCUGAAAACCGACAUAAUAAGAAAAAUGAAAAUUGUUAGUGAGAUAAAAUGCAGUCAAGCUUGUCUAUCGGAAAACAGCUGCGUCGCACACACAUACUGCCGAACACCAAGCAGCCCUGAUAAGGGAACAUGCUACCUGCAUCAAAACGGAAUUCCCGAAGACGAGGCCAGAGUUCUUGAUAAAAAAGACGAAUGCAUCUAUCAACAAUAUAUUGGCUUUAUCGUAAGUAACUUUUACGAUCGCUUACUUCUUAAACAGUUUUACAGUAUAUCUGUUUUAAAUUUUACUCCACUUUGGAAGGAAAAGUUCGGGUACUAUCUUAAGAAACCAUGACGCUAUGAUUUCGAAAACGUGUAUAACAAGAAUGGAUAUACUGUGGUAAGGAACAGAAUACAAGAAAUUGAAGCGGAACUGGCAAAGAAAAUGUCGGACCAGAUUACGACAUUUUCAGUCCUUUUGCUGACAUGUAUUUUCAUCAGUUAUGAGAUUUAAAAAAAAAUAGCAUGGCAGACGUUUUUUUUUUUUAAUCGACAAGAUCAUGGACGUACAACAAGGAGAAUUCUAAGCAGUGUUCCUCAACUUGAGAGAGCAAUAAAUGUUGCACGAAGGACAAGAGCUAUUCUUCUUACGCACCCCGUGUCCAAGUUCCACUUUUAAUGCCCAUUUGUGUCCCUUUUUAGUUUUUCCAUUUUAUAUUUCAUUUAUGGUCACUUGGUCAGUAAAUGAAAUUGCAUAAACCUGGGAAACCAAACUAUGGGCUCACCUACAUGCAUUUUAAAUCAGUAAGCGACUGAGGCCGGGAAAGAGCUGAGAACUUUACAAGCAAAGAAACGUACGUCUCCGCGAUGACCGUUGUUGACGUAUCUCGGUUUAUUGUUGAUUGACAAAUAACUCACAGUUUCCCUUCUUUUUGCAGUUAUUGGCAGAAGUUUGAAAAAAUUAACAGCGGAGGUUCCACUGCUAACGAAAUUUUAAAACCUAUGAGUGCGAAAAAAAUUUGGUCAUGACGUUAGUCUAAAUCGUACACUCGUCCGUCCGAACAGACUUUGAGGGAAGGGGAGAGGGAAUGUGGCUGGGGAGUCUCAGACUUGUACCUUGCGUAAAAUUAACCUGUUUAGGGGCAAGCCAAUGGACUUCCUAGAGUAAAAAUGUUCUCGUGUUCGAAUUUCGAAGAAGAGAAAAAGUGUUCAUUAAUUUAAUAUAUAUUUACAGGAGGCUACGUGUACGAGGCAAUGUAACAACAAAGGAAAGUGCUUUUAUGACUACAGUAACAAACAAUAUUCCUGCCGUUGCAUACCCUCUCACUUUGGAACUUACUGCGAAAAGGUGCAAGGUAAGAAUCAUAUCAACACAGUCUCAGUACCAUUCCCUUUAAAGACCUCACAAGAGGUUCAUUACUAGAUGCUUCACUGAACUCUUGUAUCUAUUGAAUUGUUAAUAAUAAUAUAAAUUAUUGUUAUCAUUAUUACUAUUAUUAUUAAUUCUUUUUAAGUGAAGCACUGUACGCAGGUUUUUGUUAUGAGUAUUGAAUAAAGAUUUUUUUAUAAAAAAAAAUAUAUCAUAACUAUUCUUAUUCUUGUAAUUGUUAUUAUUAUUAUUAUUAUUAGUAUUAUUAUUAUUAUUUUUUUAUUAACUUUUUGAUGCUUUUUAUAAUUGUUAUUAGUAGUCUUUAGAUAGUCAUUUUACGACAAUUCUUUUUCGUACACAAGAAGAAUGUACAUAGGGUAUAUAUUUUAAUAUUUCAUAUUCUUGAAUCUGUAAAUAGUCUAUUUUUUUUUAAUCUAUGAAUAAAGUUUUGUAUAAAAAAGAAUUAUUAUUAUUAUUAUUAUCAUAUUAUCAUAAUACACAAGAAGAAUGUACAUAGGGUAUAUAUUUUAAUAUUUCAUAUUCUUGAAUCUGUUAAUAGUCUAUUUUUUUUUAAUCUAUGAAUAAAGUUUUGUAUUAAAAUUAAUGAUAAUAAUAAUAAUUAUUAUUUUUCAAUCGAAAUUAAGUGUCUUCUUUUAAUCGAAAGGAAUAAUGUAAAUAGUGCUUGGACGGAAUAGUUUUUUUAAGUGAAAUUAAUUGUAAAUAGGAUUUUAUAGUUAGCUUUGUUAUCAUUAUUAUUAUUAUUAUUAUUAUUAUUAUUAUUAUUAUUAUUAUUAUUAUUAUGGAAGUACAAACGUUUGGAUGCACAGAGUAAAAAAUAAAAGCUUUUACUGGGCGGCAAACCGUAACCAGCGGCAGCAUCGACUAAAAUUUGUAGCAGCAAUCACACAAUAAAAAAAUAAUAUUAAAAAACCCUGGGUAAAAAUGAUUUGAUAAAGGCGUCAUAAUAAAUAAAUAAAUAAAUAAAAAUCCUACAAGCUUUAUGGGCGUCUUAAUUGUAAAAUAA